UAGAGAUCAUGCAGGAGGGGUUGGGGGGGUUGGGGGGGUAUCAAUGAUGCUGCAGCUCGGACGGACGACGGGCCCAAUAGACUGAUGACUUAUUGUCAUGUAAAGCGGGGAGGCAGCAGCGGUCGCGCAUGCUGGAGGAGGAAGAGGAGAGAGGAAGGAAGGCAGCGCAAGCCGCACGCAGGCAGGGCGCCGCCAUUGUCCGCGCCUUUUAUGCUCUGGAGACCUGCGGCAUGCGAGGCGGCUCUUAGGGGGCUUUGGACAAAACGCGCCUGGGCUGCUAUAAAGGAGGCCACUUCUGGAGCGGCCGUCGAGCAGUCAACAUCGCGCCCCCACCCCCACCCCCCCCAAAAAAAAAAAAAAAAAAAAAAAGAAAAAACAAACAAUAAGAAAAGCCCAACAAGCUCACACAUCCUUCCACUGCAUCCUCCUUCCGCCCUCAUAAUCGGACUUUUGGGAUUCUCUGCGUUUGGGUCCCCUUUCCCAAAUGUAUAAAAUGGAGUAUUCUUACCUCAACUCGUCCGCCUACGAGUCGUGCAUGGCCGGCAUGGACACGUCCAGCCUGGCGUCGGCCUACGCGGACUUCAGCUCGUGCAGCCAGGCCGGCGGCUUCCAGUACAACCCCAUCCGGACCACGUUCGGGGCCACCGGCGGCUGCCCGUCGCUGGCGCCCGGAUCCUGCAGCCUGGGCACGCUGCGGGACCACCAGAGCGGCCCGUACGCGGCAGUGCCCUACAAGCUGUUCACGGAUCACGGCGGUCUGAACGAGAAGCGCAAGCAGAGACGCAUCCGGACCACCUUCACCAGCGCGCAGCUCAAGGAGCUGGAACGGGUCUUCGCGGAGACCCACUACCCGGACAUCUACACGCGCGAGGAGCUGGCACUCAAGAUCGACCUGACUGAAGCCAGAGUGCAGGUUUGGUUCCAGAACCGACGGGCAAAGUUCCGCAAGCAGGAGCGUGCCGCCGCAGCCGCCGCCGCGGCCGCAAAGUCCGGUUCCGGCAAGAAGCCGGACCCGCGGGACGACGACAGCAAAGACGCCAAAUCCACCGACCCGGACAGCACGGGGGGCCCCAACCCGGUGCCCACCUCCAACUGCGGGGGUCCCAGCCCCACCGGCGUGCAGGUGAACGGCGGCGGCAACGGCGGACAGGCGGAAGCGAGCAAGGGCGUCGUGUCGUCCGGCAUGGGGGUGGGGGUGACGGGGGUCGGGGUGAGUUCGCCGAGCCAAGGCUGGGCCGCCGCCCCGGGGACCAUCACCUCCAUCCCGGACUCGCUGGGCGGGCCGUUCGCCAGCGUGCUGUCGUCCUUGCAGAGACAGAACGGAGCCAAGGCUGCCUUAGUAAAAAGCAGCAUGUUCUAAUGUACGGCGCCGCGAGCGGACAGCGAACGCAACGGACUGAUGGACAUUCCUGCUUUUGUUUCGUGUGGCGUCUGCUGUACAAAAACACCUUUUCAACUCACAUUUGGCAAGCUGGCUGCAGUUUUCAACAAAUGGCUGACCAGCUAACUACCGCAUAGCAUUACGUGACAGAUCACUCAAGUGCAUCGUUCACCUCGGAACAGACAAACGUGUCCGACUACGCGGCCGAGCGCAUCGCUCGAUCGAUCGAGAGCCUGCGUUUCAUCUGGGCCACUUUUGAAUUCAGUCCGUUUUUCAGAGGGAUUCAACUGACUAUGCGACCGACCGCUUAAUUUCAUCGAGGCUGUCCAAUGGCAAGACUUUCGAUUUCUGCUCUAUUCAACCACCGCAUAGUCUUCUCAUCACGAGCUCGCAUUUGAGCUGGGGUCGACUUUUGAGGGACGUGGACAGCCGCAUAGCUUUAUCUAGUUUGCAUCAUCUGGGCCCGUUUAAGAUUUUUUUUUUGUUGGGUUCCAACGACUAUGCGGCUGACCACAUAGUCUGCAUUUGAUCUGGGCUAGUUUGGAUUUUAGUCGAUUUUUGAGGGAUUCAACUGACGACGUGGCCAACCGCUUAGUUUUAUAAAAAGUCUUCA